AUGUCCCUUUUCAGUUUAUGGAUUAAAUCAAGCCAAAUCUUAUGCGAUAAACAAUUGUCAAUCAUUGCAAUCGUGACCGAAAAUUCCAGACUAACCUUAUCUAUGAACGGAUCAUUGAAUUCGCAACGAAAUAAAGUUUUCGAUGAAUUAAAAAGUAAACAUUUAAAACAAACGAUUGGUGUCUCGAGCAAUGCAUUACCAACCACUUCAUCAUCACAAUCAUCAUCAUCAUCAUCAUCGCCAUCACCAUUCAUUUUAUCGAGUGGUCCAGUAACUGGAUCCAGUACAGUACCAAUUCUUCCAAAUCAAAUUACACCACCAAAUUUGAGUGGUCCAGCUUUUCCACACUCGACAAUGACACCAUCACUGAAAGCUGUUACACAAGCACAUCAAACAUCAUUCGGAUUCUACAUUCCUCAGGAUUCUACUUAUAAUCCAAUUUUACCCGUUUUACCACGCCACAUUUUGCUUCAUGAGAGCUCUGCAUCAUGA